AUGUCCGCCGCGCCGCCGGGCGAGCGCAGCGCGCUGCUGCCGCCGCCGUCGCCGCGCGCCGCGCGGGCGGCGCCGCCGCGGCGCCGGGCGUGCGAGACGCUGCUGCGGCGCCUGCUGGCGGCGGCCGCGGCGGCGCUGCUGCUGCUCCUCGUCGUGCUCGUCGUGCGCCGCGAGCGCGCCGAGCGCCGCGAGCACGCCGGCUGGGCGCGCGGGCGCUUCAACGGCACGCCGCACCUGGCGCGCGGCCGCCGCGGCGCCGUGGCGAGCGAGAACGGCGUGUGUUCCGACGUCGGCGUCGACGUGCUGCGCGACAAUGGCACGGCCGUCGACGCGGCCAUCGCGACGGCGUUCUGCGUCGGCACGCUCAACAUGUUCUCGUCGGGCAUCGGCGGCGGCGGCUUCAUGCUCGUGCGCGACCCCGUGCCGUGCGGCGCGGCGGGCAAUGCCACUGCCUCGUCGCCCGCCGAGCACGCCGACGCAGCAGCACACCGGCGGCUGCCGCGGCGCCAGCACUGCUCGCGCACGACGGUCAUCGACUUCCGCGAGACGGCGCCGCGCGCGGCCAACGCGACGAUGUACGCCGGGCGCCCCGGCGACGCGCGCUUCGGCGGGCUCAGCGUCGGCGUGCCCGGCGAGGUGGCGGGCCUGUGGGCGGCGCACCGGCGCUGGGGCUCGCUGCCGUGGGCGCGCCUCGUGGCGCCGAGCGUGCGCCUCGCCGAGUCGGCGCGCGUGAGCCGCGAGCUGGCGCGGCGUCUGAAGCUCUUCGGCAGCCUGUACAUGUACGACCUGCCCGAGUGGUCCGACGUCUUUGUCAACCCCGACACGGGCGUCCUGCUGCAGGCGGGCGAGACGGUGCGCCGCCCGGCGUACGCAGAGACGCUGCGGGCCAUUGCCGCCGGCGGCGCCGACGCCUUCUACCACGGGCCCGUCGCGCAGGCCCUCGUCGCCAAGGUGCAGAACGCCGGCGGCAUCCUCACGCUGCGCGACCUGGCCGAGUACCGCGUCGAGGAGCGCGAGGCGCUGCAGGGCCGCUGGGGCGAGCGCACCGUCUACACGGCGCCGGCCCCCGCGUGCGGCGGCCCGCUGCUCACGCUGCUCAACGUCGCCGCGCUGUACCCGCAGUGGAAGCGCGACGGCGCCGACGACGGCCUCUCGGCCCACCGCUUCGUCGAAGCGAGCAAGUUUGCCUUUGCGCAGCGCACGCACAUCGGCGACCCCGCGUUCCUCAACGCGUCGAGCCUGCGCGUCGUCGCGCAGAUCCCGAGCAUGCACGAGGCGCAGCGCAUCCGCGGCCGCAUCGACGACGACCGCACGCACCGCCUCGAGUACUACGAGCCGCUGUUCGACAUCACCGACGACCACGGCACGCAGCACCUCAGCACCGUCGACAUGAACGGCCAGGCUGUGGCGCUGACGAGCACCGUCAACCUCAUCUUUGGCAGCGGUGUCCUCGACCCAGUCACGGGCGUGAUCCUCAACGACGAGAUGGACGACACCUCGACGCCUGGCGUGCCGAAUGCCUUUGGCCUGCGACCCAGCCCCUUCAACUACCCUGCGCCGGGCAAGCGGCCGCUGAGCAGCACGUCGCCGACGAUUAUCGAGCACCCGGAUGGCUCCUUCUUCCUCUCAAUCGGCGGCUCGGGCGGCUCGCGCAUCUUCGGAGCUGUCGCCCAGGUGCUUUACAAUCUCGACUGGGGCAUGGACCUCUCCGCCGCCAUCGAGCGGCCGCGGCUGCACCACCAGCUGCUGCCGGCGUCCGUGUCGGCCGAGACGACGAUUAACGAGGAGCUCGUGGAGGCUCUUCGGGCGCGCGGCCACGACGUCGACAUGGUCGACAUCAACAUGGCCGUCGCCGAGGUGCAGGCAGUCAUGCGCGAGCAGGGCCCGCCGGGCAAGGCCAAGGUCUUUGCCGCCAGCGACUCGCGCAAGGAGGGACGCGCAUCGGCGUACUAG